AUUUCAGUCCUUUAAAAUCAAAGAAUAUCGAAUUGUUAUCGAUAUUUAUUAACCUCUACAAGUAAUAACAUGAUAAAGUAAACUUCUAGUUUUUAGAAUCUUGAGCAUGGCGAAAGCUAUCAAUACUUUGCGACUCGCACUUUUGCAGCUUAAGAGUUCGAGAGACAAAACUACCAAUGUCCGUAAUGCGAUCAUAAAAAUUGAGAAGGUGGUCAAAGAUCAUCAGCCGCAUUUAAUAACGCUGCCAGAAUGCUUCAAUUGUCCAUACGGAACGAAAUAUUUUCGCGAGUAUGCCGAGCAAAUUCCAGAUGGCUUCACCAGUCAACAACUUUCAAAGGCGGCAUUGGAAAAUCAGGUCUUUAUAGUAGGCGGAACUAUUCCCGAGUUGGGUGAGAAUGACCGCAUCUUUAAUACUUGUACUGUCUGGGCUCCAAGUGGUGAGUUGAUCGCCAAGCAUCGAAAGAUGCAUCUGUUCGAUAUUGAUGUGAAGGGUGGCAUCCGCUUUAAGGAGUCUGAGACGCUGUCCCCGGGCAAUGAAUUUACCACUUUCAAGAUUGAGGGACGUAAAAUUGGUAUUGGAAUAUGCUACGAUAUUCGAUUCGAGGAAAUGGCACGACUCUAUCGCAAUGAUGGCUGCGAGAUGAUCAUCUACCCUGCCGCUUUUAAUAUGACAACGGGACCUUUGCAUUGGGAGCUAUUGCAACGAGCGCGUGCCAAUGAUAAUCAAUUGUUUGUAGUUACCACGUCGCCGGCCAGAGAUCUCGCUGCUGAUUAUGUUGCCUACGGCCAUUCAAUGAUCAUCGACCCGUGGGCGAAGAUCAUCGCGUGCGCCGAUGAAGGCGAACAGACUGUAACAGCCGACAUUGACUUUGCUAUUGUGGAUCAGGUGCGUCAGCAAAUUCCAGUGUUCAGCCAACGGCGUCUCGAUCUGUACGGCACUGAGAUGAAGUGAUAAUAAAGUCGUGUUACGUAAUUGCAAAAAAAAAAAAGAAAA